CACUCCCGUCGCUUUCUUCCCCUCUGUCAAGUCCAGCGUUGAAUUAAUCUUCCCACUCAAUUACUAUUCAACACCUCCAGCUUCCCCAAUGGCGACGCCCGGCGAUGUAACCGCCCCGUACCAAACCACCGGAGCCGGCGGAAAGCUCCGAAAGAAACCUACACGCCGUAGUAUUCCGUACGAUCGCCCUCUCACCGCUCUCAAAAACAGUAACUCUAGCUUAUUAAAAAAGCUCGUGGAUCCAGCUUCUAGACUCGUUUACGACGGAGCUCGUAGGCUGUUCGAGGUUUUCCGCAAGCAUCUUCCUCCUCUGUCAUUACAACGGCCGUUAGGGAUUAAUGAAGAACCCCAUAAUACUCCUAAGGACGAAAGACGAAGUGAUAGUCUUGCUAAUACUGCCGCUGCCACCGGGAUAUCGGAGCUUGAACAAAUGUUGCAGGAAGAAACUUUUAGUAGGUCCGAAAUCCAGCGAUUGACUUCAUUGUUGCAUUCAAGAACCACCGAGUCACCAUCUGACUCAUUGGAAAAAGCUGCAAGGGGUAACUUCCAUGCUGCUAUUUCGACUCCUAUUGUUGCUUCCAAAGUUAUCAAGGAGAUUUCUUCACCUGCUGAGCUGACAAAGUCUUACAUGGGAUCCAGGUCAAAGUUGAUUCAAAGAACACCAAUCACACCAGCGGCUCAAAAGGCUGCAAACAGUUUACGGGAUCUUGAAAACGGUUUUAUGACACCGAGAUCUCGAGGCAGAUCAGCAAUGUACACCAUGGCUCGGACACCAUACACCAGAAGUCCAAUUUUUAGUCAAAAGGGAAUUAGAUCAGAUUACGUUCAUGAUGCCGCAUCAACAUCUUCUCGACUUGGGCAUGAGGGCAAAAUGGCUCUAAAACGUAACAGUUCUGUAUUAGACGAUGUUAUAGGGUCAGGUGGCCCGCUGCGUAGGAUUCGACAGAAAGCUAACGUUUCAUCACAAAGAGACAAGAAAGAACUUGGAUGCACCGUUUUUCAACAAGACGGUUCGAGCCAGAAUCUGGUUUUAUAUAAAGAAACCGAACCAAAAGUUUCAGGCUAUGCUUCUGUUCCCGCAAAGUCCACCCAAACAGCCAACAAAAUAUUACAACACCUUGAAAAACCGAGCCCGAAAGAAAAAAAUAAAACUGAAGCUAUUGUUUCAAGGAAGUUUCCGGUACCUACUAGCAUGUUGACUUUGGUCAGUGAUGAGUCAACAGGUUCUUUAAAAGGUAAAGCACCAGUUGGAUUUACUGAUUUGCCCUCCAAGGUUCAAGAAGAGCCUCCUCGGAAGAAGCGUGCAACUGAUUAUACAUUUAAGAUAGAUGAUGACAUUCAUGAUAAUGGGCAUGUGUCCUUUUCAUUGGUAAAAAAUAAUAAACCCGAGAGCUCUAUCGCUGACAUCAUUAAAACUCCGUCACCACCGGAAGUUUCUGAAACGCAUACGUUGGUCGAAAAUAAUAAUAAUCUGAUAUUACCGGAAAUUGCAAAGGUUACACAACAUGCUGAGGUCAUACAUUCAUCUGUGCUCCCACAAUCAACCUUGCAAACGGGGAACAUCGCUCCAGAAAAAGAUUCAAGUUCUUUGUCGUUUGUUAAAACCGCUGAAAAUGUGACACCAGCCCCGUUUUCUGCUAGCGAACCUUCAGAACUCGAACUGAUGUCUAGUUCUGAUCAAAAAACAAACUACUCAACCAGUGUGAAUGGAAAUGGAAAUCAUCAGAAGUCAACAGGUGGUAGUUUCUUGUUUGGCACUGCUACCGAGAACUUAAGUGCUCCUUUUCCAGCUCCCGCCAGUACUUCCGCCGCUAUAUCCACCGCCACUACUGCUAGCACCGCCGUGUUCACCGCCGCCACUACCACUGCUGCUAAUUUCUCUACUUCUGUGCCGCCUACAGUUUUCAGUUUUGGGUCAACUUAUUCAACAGCACUGACAACUUCAACGGCCGAAACUGCGAACACAACCACCACCACCACCACCACAUCACCUUUUUCCGCUAUUACCACCACAACCACCGGAAGUAGCCUCUUUGGCUUCAGUUCUCCGGCAGCUACCAUAACCACCACCGCCUCUCAGCCAUCGGGAUCUUUCCUCAAUAUCACUAAUGGAUCUCAGACAAACACACUGGCAUCUUCAAGCGGUACUCUUUUUGGUUCAUCACCUAGUUUUGAUAUCGGUUCGUUGGGCCCCACUUCAGAGACCAAAUCUGGUCAUUCUGCAAGUGGGCCCACUACUAACAUAUUCGGGUCAACUUGGCAACAACCACAAAAUUCUUCUACAUUGUCUUCAGUGUUCGCUUUUGGAGCAUCUCCUACACCCACACCCACACCUUCAUUUGCGACAGGUGGUGCUACCAGCUCAUCUUUUGCGGGCCUGCCUGUUUUUGGAGCGGUCGCCACAUCACCAAAUAAUAAUAAUGAUGAUCAGAUGAGUAUGGAAGACAGUAUGGCUGAGGACUCGAUGCAAACUCAGAGUCCUGUUUCUCCGUUUGGUCAAGCUUCUGUGGGUGCCACACCAGCACCAACACAAACCCUAACCCCAACAGUGGUUCCUUUCCAAUUUGGUGGCCAGUCGAACCAAGCAACGGCGCCUCAGAAUUCGUUUCAGUCGUCUAGUUUCAAUGGUGGUGUCGGGAGUUUCUCGUUAGGCUCUGGUGGUGAAAAAUCUAAUAGGAGGAUAGUUAGGGUUAUGAAAAGCAAAAACAGGAAGAAAUGAGAUAAUCUGAAUAAGCAAUUAAGCAUUUGUGGUUAGAAUGUUAUUAUUAGAUAGCAAUUUUGAAUCAUGCAACAUUGGUGCGGGUCCUUACAUGCGAGAAAAACCAUGAACCUAACGGGGGUAAUGAGUAUUAAGGCACCGGACAGGUACGAGAUAAAAGUUUACAAUCGGGGUCUCUUUAUAUUAUUACCCCUCUCAACCAUGACUCAUUGCCAUCCUGAAAUGAAAUGGUUGUAGUUAUGAAACAAUAGAAAGGUCUAGCUUCUUGGAUUAUGAACCAUGUUUUCAAAACCGGACAUCGAGUUGGUAUAUUUUUUGUUUAAGUGAACCUAACCUGUUGUAUAACCUUUUAUGUGCA